AUGUUCUGUUGCGGUUCAAAAAAGAAGAAAUCGAAGUAGUUUUUUGGAAUUUUAGGAAGAGUGCCAAGCCAGAAGAGCCAUCCACGAAUUCCGACACGCAUUCUCUAAAAAAGGAAGAAGAAUCCCAAAAAGCUUAUGUUCCACCACCUGCCCCUGUAAAACAAAUUGGCUAAGUUUUUAUAAAAAUUAACUCAAAUUAGGAAAUGCUGAGGCAGAUGUAAUAGAUUAAAGACUUACGUGAACAAGGUUAAUUUGACAAAAGGUAUUUAAAUCCUAAGUUCUUAGUGUUUAAUAUGAACAAAGUUACAUCACCUAGUUGAUAAACAGAGAAAAUAUACAACAGUAGUAUGCGCUCGAAUUUACAUGGGCAGUUAAUUAUACAAAUCAUUUAAAAGGAAAAGCUGGGAUUGGAUAAAUAAAUAACUCUAAACUUGUAGGACCUAAUUAACAAUUGAGAAUCGGAUUGAAAUAAGAUGUAGACUAUGUAGCCCUAAAUGAAUAAGCUUGGGUCUUCGUAUAGUAGAUGUAUGGAGGAGGUCCAGAAGUGAAAAUCAUGCCUCCUCCUAAACCCGAAUCUUAAGCAUAACCUAAUAACACUUAAUACAAGCCACCAAGACCAUCAUAAUCCAGUAUUAAUAACACUCAAUCUAAGCCACCAAUACAAUAAUCAACCAUGAGAUAAACAUAAACCAAUUCAAGAUUCAUUCAAUAAAAUCCUAUGGCCUAGACAAUUUCAAUCAUGGCGACUCCAAAAUCUGUCGAUAGACAAAUAUCACAGAUUGUAUAACCUCAACCAAGAAAUGAUAGUGUUCAAAAUUCUAGAAAAGUACAUCAAGAAUAAAAAAUAACUUACACCUCUUAAGGCUAACUUCCAAUUAUUGGAUUGGCAAAUCCUAGAUAUUAUUGUUAUUUGAAUUCAGCCCUACAAGUUCUCUUGAGCAUUGACUCUCUUACUGAAGGUAUUUUAGCAAUUCAACCAAAAUACGGACAGAAAUUCUUAACUGCGUAUUAAGAAUUAUUAAGAUCAGUACUAUAUUUAUUGUCAUUAUUUAAGGUUAAAAAAACAGGCUCUUAUUCUUCAAUAGCAGCAAAGAGUGUUUGGGAUGCAUGUUCUGGAAAAUUCCAAUUUAAUUAAUAAUAAGACAGUCAUGAAUUUCUUUUGUUUUUUUUGGGGAAAAUUCAAGAGGAACUAGUGGGCAAAUACAAAAAUAAAUAAGAAUUCAACUCAGCCGAAUAAGCUUGGAGUGAUUAUACAUCCAAAAAUCAAGAUAUUAUUGAUUUAAUUUUUGCAGGGUAAUCUACAAGUUAAUCUUAUUGUAAAUCUUGUAAUUAAGUUUGUGAAGGGUAUGAUCCAAUCUGGGAUUUAUCUUUGCCAAUUAAGUAAUAGUAUUAAGAGUAUUCCUAGUAAGUCAUACACUGGAAUUGAUUUGAUGGACUGUUUAAAAUCUUACUAUAGAGAGGAAGUAAUAAACGACACUUGGAAGUGUGACAAGUGCAAGAAAUCAAAUAAAUCAGUGAAAAGAAGGAUGUUUAUUAGUUAGACUCCAAAAUACUUGAUUAUUUAAUUCAAAAGGUUCACUACUUUUCCAACCUCUCAAAAGAUUAAUGAUUCAAUUUCGUACCCUGAAAAGUUGGACAUUUAAGAGUAAUGUGCUAAUAUUCAUUCUAGAUUCUGCUCCAAAGGGUUGCAAACUCAAUAUAAACUAAAAGCUCUUAUAACUCAUAUGGGUUAGAUUAAUGGUGGACAUUAUAAGGCCUACGCUGAAAGAUAUGAUAAUUGGUAUUUAUUUGAUGAUGAAAAUGUAUCAAAGAUAAAUGGGAAAUAAUUAUCUGAUAGAUCAGCCUAUGUAUUGCUUUAUGAGAAAUAUUGAUAUUUAAUUCAUUUGCUUUUUAAUAC